UAGGGCCUUGGCAGUGUACGUGCUGUAAGGACCGUUGGUAGCCAGCCUAGGGUUGGCAGGGCAGCGUUCUUGUCUGAAGCUAGGCCAGCCCCCUCGGGGUUAAUAAGCCAAGAUGAGUAACUCCGCAGGCGGCUAUACUUUUACCCAAACAUCGCUGUUGUUUUUCCAUGCCAAGGUUCCUUCCUCUUCCAAAAGCACCAUGGCAACUCUGAAGGAGCAGCUGAUCCAGAAUCUCCUGAAGGAAGAACAGGCCCCCCAGAAUAAGAUCACAGUCGUUGGGGUGGGUGCUGUGGGCAUGGCCUGUGCCAUCAGUAUCUUGAUGAAGGACUUGGCAGAUGAACUUGCCCUUGUUGACGUCAUGGAAGACAAAUUGAAGGGUGAAAUGAUGGAUCUCCAGCAUGGCAGCCUUUUCCUUCGAACACCAAAAAUCGUCUCUGGCAAAGACUAUGAUGUAACUGCAAAUUCCAAGUUAGUAAUUAUCACUGCUGGAGCUCGUCAGCAGGAGGGAGAAAGUCGUCUUAAUUUGGUC